UGGGACGGUGGGUGCGGCGUCGCUUCAGAGCGGCGCCUGCUCGUCCGAGUGUCGGGCGGCCCCGCGGCUGGGUAGGUCCUGCCCAGGGACCCUCGCUCCUCUGCCCGCUCGCGAAGCUGCCGGAAGCCGGGUUCUAGAAGGCCGCCUGAAGGCUGGCCAGGGCCAGGGUGGCGGACACGGAGACAGGGACCUGGUCCCGCCGAGUCUGCCUCUUCCUUAGCCGUGGUGAGUGAAAAUGCCCCGUGUAAAAGCAGCUCAGGCUGGAAGACAGGGACCUGCAAAGAGGCGCCUUGCAGAGCAGUUUGCUGCUGGAGAGGUCAUAACCGACAUGUCUAGGAAGGAGUGGAAACUAGGAUUGCCUAUUGGCCAAGGUGGCUUUGGCUGCAUCUAUCUGGCGGACACAAAUUCUUCCAAACCGGUUGGCAGUGACGCACCCUGUGUUGUAAAAGUGGAACCCAGUGACAACGGACCUCUUUUUACUGAAUUGAAGUUCUACCAGAGGGCUGCUAAACCAGAGGAAAUUCAGAAAUGGAUUCGUACACAUAAAUUGAAGUACCUUGGUGUUCCUAAGUAUUGGGGAUCUGGUCUACAUGAUAAAAAUGGAAAAAGUUACAGGUUUAUGAUAAUGGACCGCUUUGGGAGUGACCUUCAGAAAAUAUAUGAAGCAAAUGCCAAAAGGUUUUCUCGGAAAACUGUCUUGCAGCUAAGCUUAAGAAUUCUGGACAUCCUGGAGUACAUCCACGAGCAUGAGUAUGUGCAUGGGGACAUCAAGGCCUCCAACCUGCUUCUGAGCUACAAGAACCCUGACCAGGUGUAUUUGGUAGACUAUGGGCUUGCCUAUCGGUACUGCCCAGAUGGAGUUCAUAAAGAGUACAAGGAAGAUCCCAAGAGGUGCCAUGACGGCACCCUGGAGUUCACCAGCAUCGACGCACACAACGGCGUGGCCCCAUCACGACGUGGUGAUUUGGAAAUACUUGGUUAUUGCAUGAUCCAGUGGCUCAGCGGCUGUCUUCCUUGGGAGGAUAACUUGAAAGAUCCUAACUACGUUAGAGAUUCCAAAAUUAGAUACAGAGACAAUGUCGCAGCUUUGAUGGAGAAAUGCUUUCCUGAGAAGAAUAAGCCAGGUGAGAUCGCUAAGUACAUGGAGUCUGUGAAACUACUGGACUACACCGAAAAGCCGCUCUAUCAAAACCUACGUGACAUCCUUUUGCAAGGACUAAAAGCUAUAGGAAGUAAAGAUGAUGGCAAACUGGAUUUUAGUGCUGUGGAGAAUGGAAGUGUGAAGACAAAACCAGCCUCAAAGAAGCGGAAGAAAGAAACAGAAGAAAGCACGCUGUGUCCUGUGGAAGACAUGGAGUGCUCAGACACACAGGUGCAGGAGGCCGCACAGACUCGAAGUGAGGAGUCCCAAGGAGCAAUCCAUGGAAGCACGUCUCAGCCAGAGGCGGGCUGCAGCAGCUCUGACAUUUCCAGAACUUGCUCUGUAGACAAGACUUGCCCCAGACUCAGAGAUCCACCUGCCUCUGCCUCUGAAGAGAUGGAAUUAAAGGUUCCCGGAGGCAGCAGCGUCUGGAAUUACAGCAAGAUAUGCUACGUCCAGACCACAGGGGUUCACGAACCAGGAAGAAAGCCCAGAAGUAAACGAGAUGCCAGAACCGCCCUCUCUGCCUGUUCAUUUGAUUCUUUUCUCCUUUUCUGUCUUAUGUUUUACUUUCAUGUGAGUCUUCUGGGGUGUUAGUAAUAAUUGAGUGGCUAUUUUUUUUUUUUUGAAAAACAAACUUUAUUAAAGUGAAUAUUUUGUGUA